AUGGCCGAUAACGCAUCUGAAUCACCUCCAGAAGAAGAACAAGCAUGGCCGAAAAAACAGAUGUUGGAUGAGGAAGAAGAUGAUAACAAGCAACCACUAGAAGAAGAGAAAGAGAAACAAAAAUUGGAAGAGGAAGAUGAUAACAAACAACCACAAGAACGAACAACCAAUUAUGAAGAUUCGGAUGAUGAAUUUACCGAUGAGGAGUUUCAGAGGUACAUCAAACAGGUCAACGAGAGCGGGGGCUUUGACAUUGACAAAAUCCCCAACAAGUAUCCGCUUGGUUUCAUAAUACCAGUAUCGGACCUAGAUAGAAGAACUGAAGAUUUUGUUGAGGAUGUCAAGAUUUGUUCCAAAUUAGCGCUUGACAAAUACAACUCUGAUAAUGAUACCCAAUAUGAGUUUGUGAAGGUCCACAAAUUGAACUUGCAGAUUGUUUCAGGUUUUAUGUUUUACAUUACUUUUGAGGCCACGGGUGUUGCUCCAGCCAACGGUUGUGAGCAUUCUACUCACAUUUUUCAAGCUCGGGUCUAUUCCGGAAUUGAGGACAGAGAAGUCGAUUUUUGUAGGCUGAAACCAAGUUAUGGAGCACCUCAGAUGCCUAGAGCAUGUUGCUGA